CUGGCUGUUUUUAUUCUUCCAUUGUUAAAUUGACCAAAGUUAUCACCUCGUAGGUUAAUUUGGCGUGCAAGCGGUCCAUUAAAAAUGAGUUUGUUACGAAAUAAAAGAAGAAAUAUACUGUUGUUCAUUUAAAUGUUAAUGUAAUAGCUAUUGUUAAAUAUGCACAUCUGUCAUUUGAGCCUGUUUUGUUUGAGCCAGUAUAGACCUUUGUCAUGCCUGUUUAUUCACUUGUUUGAUUCAUGGCUUAUCGGUUAAUUCAAGUCAUUUUUAUUUGUAUAGCACCUUUCACAACACGCAUCGUUUCAAAGCAGCUUAACAGAAGAUCAGGCAUUAAUAGAAGAUAAAACUGUAAUAUCUAUAAAGUCUUAGAGUGAUCAUUGUGUAAUUUGAUAAAAUAUGAUUGUGAAUUGUUUAAAAAUAAGUCAUUAAAUAAUAAUUGUAUUUAUAACCCCAGUGAGCAAGCCGAAGGCGACUGUGGCAAGGAACACAAAACUCCAUAAAAUGUUGGUUAAUGCAGAAAAAUAACCUUGGGAGAAACCAGACUCACUGUGGGAGCCAGUUCCCCUCUGGCUAACAUCAUGAAUAUAAUGCCAAUAUUACUUAUGUAUAGUGCAAGUCAUGGUUUAAAAUUAUUAAACUAAGUAAGUUUUAUGGGUCAGUGUUUAAAACACAAUUUUGUAAGAACUGUAAGAUUAAUGACUAAUGUCUUUGAAGUCCAUCCUGGAUUAACUGCAGAAGUUUACAUAGAUGCAAUUGUAGUUGUUAGUUGGCUGAUGAAGGGUUUUGUUGGCAGUUAAAUGAUAGUCUAUGUAUUCCAUUUCAAGAGUGUAGUCCAUCAUUAGACCGAGGUGAUUUAGGCAGAGAUCAGUUAGGUGUAUCACAGUUCAACCUGGCUGGUAAUUUCGGUGAGGUCUAUACUAAGUCCAAGGUUUAGGCAAUGGCAUAUGAAGUAUCUCAUGUCUUAUGGUUGGAGUUGGCAUCAGUUCAUCCUCUGAAGUCCAUCGUAAUAGACUGAAGUGAUUUUCGGCUAGCACCGGCUGCUAUUAGUCAUCAUCACACAGCAACACGAAGCAUUGGAGUCCAACACCAAGCAGGAACAGAGCUGGAUCUGGCCGGUUCUGGUGACCUCAGGAUAGGAGUCCCGAGGUUGAGACAGGGAAACAAAUAAAAUAAUAUUAGCAUAGAUGCCAUUCAAUUUAUUUCAGAGUUAUAGAUCAUGCUCUCUGUUUCUGGUUCUGGCAGACCUAACUAAAGCAGACUAAUUGUGAAUUGAAGGAUAAAUUAGGUGUAUGCCUGGCUAAAUAGAUGAGUCUUUAGUCUAGACUAAGAGUGAGUGUGUCUGCAUCUCGAACAGUGUUAGGGAGACUGUUCCAUAGUUUAGGAGCCAAAUAUGAAAAGGAUCUACCUCCUUUUGUGGAUUUUGAUAUUCUAGGAACUAUUAACUGGCCAGAAUUUUGCGAUCGUAAUGAACGUGAUAGAAUAUAGCAUGGUAGAAGGUCACUUAAGUACUGCGGAGCUAGACCAUUCAAAGCUUUGUACGUAGUUAGCAGAAUUUUAAAAUUAAUACGAAAUUUAACAGGUAGCCAAUGUAACGAUGAUAAAAUGGGGCUAAUGUGAUCAUAUUUCUUGUUCUCAUCAGCACUCUGGCUGCUGCAUUUUGAACCACUUGAAGUUUAUUUAAUGAUCUUGCUGGACAUCCUCCCAGUAAUGCAUUACAAUAAUCAAAUCUUGAGGUCAUGAACGCAUGAAUUAGUUUUUCGGCAUCAGCAACAGAGAGCAUGUGUCGAAACUUAGCACUAUUUCUGAGGUGGAAGAAUGCUGUUCUACAGACAUUGGUAAUUUGAUUUUCAAAGGACAGAUUGGUAUCAAAUAUAACAACUGAGUUCUUCGCUGUUGGAGAUGAUGUAACAGUACAUCCAUCGAGAGUCAAAUUAUAUUUUAGCGGCUUAUUUUUUAGAGGUUUUUGGUCCAAUAAUUAGUACCUCUGUUUUGUCGGAAUUGAGUAGUAGGAAAUUUCUGGCCAUCAGAUCUUUUAUUUCAUUGAUACACUGCUGAUUUGGAGAAUUGUGAAAUCUCAUCAGGUUUUGAAGAAAUAUAAAGUUGGGUAUCGUCGGCAUAACAGUGGGAACUUAUUCCAUGAUUCCGGAUAAUAUCUCCCAGGGGAAGCAUAUACAAGGAGAAAAGCAAAGGCUAUAAAACUGAUCCCUGUGGCACUCCAUACUUUACUUUUGUUUGGUUUGACAAUUCCUCAUUUACAUAGACAAAGUGGUAGCGGUCUGCUAAAUAAGACCUAAACCAUGCUAAUGCAGCUCCACAAAUGCCAACAUAAUUCUCCAGCCUAUUCAAGGGAAUGUUGUGAUCUGUGGUGUUGAAUGCAGCACUAAGAUCUAAAAGCACUAGAAGUGAAAUGCAGCCGUGAUCAGAUGAUAAGAGCAAGUCAUUUGCAACUCUGAUAAGUGCAGUCUCUGUACUGUGUUGAGGCCUAAAUCCUGAUUGAAAUUGUUCAUAUAUACUAUUUCUCUGUAGAAAUGAACAUAUUUGGGAGUAUACUACCUUUUCUAGUAUUUUCGACAUAAACGGGAGAUUUGAAAUCAGUCUAUAAUUAGCCAGUUCUCCAGGAUCAAGUUGUGGCUUCUUAAUAAGCGGUUUGAUAACUGCCAUUUUAAAGUUUCUUGGGACAUGUCCUAAGGAUAGCGAGGAGUUAAUAAUAUUAAGAAGAGGUUCUGAGAUUACUGGGAAUACUUCUUUUAAGAGCUUGGUUGGUAUUGGAUCUAACAAACAUGUUGUGGCUUUUGAUGUUUCAACAAGUUUUGUUAGCUCUUCAUGACCUAUGACAGCGAAGGAUUAAAGUUGCACGUGAGGAAAAUUUUGAGACACUGUUUUAUGAGGUACUGUGACAGAUGAUUGCAUAAUUCCAACUUUAUUUCUGAUUACUUCAAUUUUAUCAUUAAAGAAAUUCAUGAAGUCAUUAUUAUUGUGCUGUGACAGAAUAUCUGGUUCAGUCGAUGCUUUAUUCCUAACAAAUUUAGCCACAGUACUGAACAAUCACCUAGGAUUGUUGUGAUUAUUUUCUGAGUUUGCUAAAAUAUGCCGACCUGGCAACUUUUAGUGCCUGUCUGUAGCUACAGACACUAUCCUUCCAUGCACCGCGAAAUACCUCUAAUUUUGUACUCUUCCACUUGCGCUCCAUUUUCCGAGCUGCUCUCUUGAGAGCAUGAGUGUGAUCAUUGUACCAUAGUGCAGGGUAAAGUUAUUAACCUGUUAAUCCUAGUGGUUAACCGGUUAAAAGAAUUUGCCAAAAUUUGCAUCCGUAGUCUGAACAGGUUUGUGGUCUGUUGUAAUUUUCAGCAGUUGCUUGUGCAACCAUGCCACAUUACUUUGGCAUUGCACAUGAGCACUGUACCAAACACCUGAGUGGUUCAAAACAUCAUCAAAUGUGUUUUGCAGUGUCUAGGUACACCUCUUUCAAAAGAAGCCAUCACAAGACACAUGGGAGUCCAACAUGCAGGCAUUGUACACAGACAUUUCACAAUGUUUACACCCAGCUGGUAUUUUGAGGUCUAUGUUGAAAGUCAACUUGAUCAUUUAAAGCUUACACCACAGUGUGACCCCCUCUCCCUAACCUACUCAAAUGGUUUGCAUUUAGGUCAUGCCGACUGGGUUCAACUGCACAUUUCUAGCCAAGCCCUAUCAUGAUGGAGAGAGAAGCUUCUUGAAUGACAGUGCAGUAUUUAGCCAAUAUGGAAGUGUUUCUUUUGAAUGAAAGCCAUGACUGAUUCAUGUAACAUACUGUUCAAAAACACAGGCUCGUGUUCCUUUUGAGUCUUCGAAGAACUGGUGGGGUGUGCAACCCUGUGACAGAAGGAGAGUUGUGAAAUGCAAUGCAAUGGUUUAGUGAUUUGGUAAACAUACUGCAAAAGGGCAGCGGGGUCUGAUUUACGUAUACCCUUUUAAGAGCCAGUGGGGACUUUCCAAAUGAGUAGUGGACUUAGUUGUUAAGCCGUGUGAUGUGUUGUAUCUAAAGGUGUCCCACAUGUUGGUCCAAAAUAAGAUUGUGAUAUUAACCUUGUGUGACCAGGCCUAUUUCAAAAUUAGAAUAAACUUUUCACUUUCACUGAAUGGCCAGACUUGAAUUAUGCAGUAGGGAUCAGGUCUAAUUUUUCUUUUUCUGUUCUUUCACAGAGUUUGGAAUACCCUAGCCUCUUUGAAUUAAGAAAGCCAUUAAUAUUUGCAAUGGAAGGCCUUCAUCUCCAUUGCCUGAACUGUGUGAACCAACGAUGUAUGAUAAGACCAGAGGCUAGCGUUUCUUGUGACCUCAUGGGUUGCCCUCUUGUGUGUGGGGCUGUUUUUCACUCAUGCAAACUGAAUGAACACCGUUUACUGUGCCUUUAUGAAAGAGUGCCAUGUCUGAACUGUGGAUUUGGAUGUCCAUUUACCAUUGCCAGGGUCAAAAUGGCACAGCACCUUGAAACGUGCCCAGCCAGCAUUGUGUGUUGCACUAUGGAAUGGAAUCGAUGGCCGGUAAGUUAUGCAGAUAGCAAGUCCUACGAGAACUUGAGUAAAGAUGUUUGUGACGUGGAGCAGCUUGACAUGGCUUUGGCCCUACAGGAUCAGCGUAUGUUACUGGAAUCUCUUAAAGUUGCAACCACUGUGUCAAAAAUUGUCAAAGAGCAAAAUCAGGAAAAUGAAAGGAUGAAUUCCAUCCCACAGGAGUCGGAUACAGAAAAUGAAUUGAUCAGAAUGGAUGAGGAACUGUACGGUCAACCAUACAUUGCUUCUGUUGAAAACAGUAGAGCUUUAGCAGAAACUUUGGACAUUCUCAGUAGUGCAAAGAAUAUGAACUUGAUUGUAGACAAUUGCAAUGGUGAGGAAGAGAAUGGAGCUUGCAACAAAUUCAGGAAUGGAGAUGGGGACCCUACGAAUGAUGGCAUGAAGGAAAGUGACACGGAUUCAGACUCUGAGUUGGGAGCUGUUGGUGGUGCUGACUGUCCUUUUCCUAUAGACCCUGAAGAAGAAGAUGAUUGGUUAGAAAACAGUGGAUAUGGUGAGUCUUCUGAGGAAGAAGAGGAAGUGAACGGUGGGAUAGAACUCAAAGGAUAUCAUGAUGAAGGGGAUGAAGACAACCAGGUCAAACUUAAAAGCGUUCUUCUGGAUCGAGCUGCAAGGAUAAAUGGUUCCUCCAAUGUUAGGCAAGUGUUGCCUUAUCAUUCCAUGCCUAUUGUAGCACGGGAGCCAGAAAUGGCCCCUUUGCCACAACUACCUCUCCCUUUGCCAAUCCCUUUGCCUAACCAGAUGCACAACAAUGUUCUGCACCAUAUGCCAUUUAGAAUUGAAGACCGAUGGUUGCAGCGCAAACUGGAGAACCUCCAGGUACUCAGGGGCAUGAGUUUCUUUACAAUCAAUGGGCGAAUGACUCUGUUUUCUGACCCCUAUUUAUUCAAAGCCAAGAUGGAGGAUAAGGCAGUGGACACAUCGGACCUUGUCGUGGCAGAUGAUCCAAUGGGCCUACAUGGCAUUGACCUCAUUACUGCUGCCUUGCUCUUCUGUUUGGGUGACUCGCCUGGGGGCAGGGGCAUCUCGGACAGCCGUUUUGUUGAUGGGUAUCGCAUCAACUUCGGUACGCAGACCUUCUCCCUCCCUUCUGCCAUACUAGCUACCAGCACCAUGGUAGGCGACAUUGCCUCAGCGUCUGCCUGUGAUCAUGCCAGUCCGCAACUAUCCAACCCAAGCCCAUUCCACACCCUGAGGUUAGACCUGGUUCUAGAGUGCGUGGCUCGCUAUCAAACCAAGCAACGCUCCAUGUUUACUUUUGUGUGUGGGCAGCUGUUUCGUAGGGAUGAGUUCUCCUCCCAUUUUAAGAACGUUCAUGGGGACAUCCAUGCAGGUCUGAAUGGAUGGAUGGAGCAAAGAUGCCCGUUGGCGUACUAUGGAUGCACAUACUCGCAAAGGAGGCUAUGCCCCUCAGUACAAGGCUUCAGAAUCAUCCAUGACAGACAUUUGGGCUCAUUUGGAGUGCAGCCUGGUCUAGCAGAGUGUUCAGAUGAACCACUCUCCAGAAACACCUGUCAGUUUGACUUCCACUGUGACCACCUUAGUGACAUGCCAUUUGAGUUACUCCAGCAUAUUGCAAGCUUCCUUGAUGGUUUUAGCCUGUGCCAACUGUCCAGAGUGUCUCGCACCAUGAGGGAUGUGUGUGCCAGUUUACUUCUGUCCCGUGGCAUGGUGGUCCUCCUCUGGGAGAAGACACAGCGUGCUGAUGGAACCUCAUCCUGGCAGAUACAAGACAAGGUGUGGCGAUUCAGUACAGCUUUUGGCACUGUGAAUGAAUGGAAGUUUGCGAACAUUUCCAGCAUGGCGGAUCACAUGAAGACAUGCAAGUUCAACACAGUAUUACGCAGGGAAGACGCUAUCCCUCUUCCAUGCAUGAGUUUCACGAGAGAACUUACUAAGGAGGGACGCUCACUUCGAUCAGUGCUGAAACCAGUGAUAUAGGCUGGAAUCAAGUGCAAACAGAAACUGCUCUUAUGUUUUCCAAAUUGACAGAAGAGGAUUAUGCUUCAUUUUAUUAUAUAACAUGCCUUAUUUGUUUAAAUAAACUGUUUUUAUAGCAAAGUAAAAUAAACCUGAAGCCUCAGCUUAAAUCUCUUCCAAAAGUGUUUUUUCUAAUAAACAUUAUCUACCUGUUUGAUAUAUAGACGAUGGUUAUACUGUCUGCAAAUUUUGAUACAAUAUUUGGAAACGUUUUUUUUUUUUUUCAUUGCUUUUGAUGAGAUAUGUAGCCUCAAACUAGAAACAAUGGUUAAAUGGUGAUGACCAAAAACGAAAUAAUCGUCUACAUUUUGUAAUGCAGAAGUUAUCAAAUAAUCAGUGGUUCUUAACUGGUUUUUCUUCCGGACCCAGAGAUAAUCAAGUGGAAACACAACACAGUACCAGACGUAAUCCAUAUUUAAUAUUGUCUGGUCAUGUUUUCUUUUACCUUGCAUAAUUUGAAUGGUUUUUUAGGAUGGUGUCAUGUCAAGCAACCUGUCAAUUUUAGCAUGUAAUGUGACUAGCUUCUACCAGGCUGAAUUUGCACCACAAUACCAUUGAGUUUGAUCGGACGUUCAACAACAAAAGGUAUUGGAAGUAUUUUCUCCUCCCUCUCAAAAGUUGAUAAGCCUAUUUAUUUUGCAAACCUUAACUGUCUGUUAUGGUAUAAUUAGUUGUAUUGUAUUAUUUGCAUUUAGUUUUUUUUUUUUUUGCUGAUGUCUGUGGCACUAUCAGAACAUAUCUGCAACCCAUGUUGAGGUCACGGCCCAGUUGAGAAACAAUGAUUUCUGUCUCCUACAUUUAAAAAUCUACAAAUUAGUCUUUUUUUUCCGUUUUUACCACUCAGCUGGAAAUAACAUAUAGCAGCUAAUUUUUUGGAGAAGCAUUUAUGCCUUUCAGUUUUACCUAUAUACGACUUAGUACUUGAUACUCUCACACACAGCACUUCUACUAGUCAUCUUCUGUCUUUUGAAAAGUAAACAAACAUUGAUUAUGUUGUCCAACUUGUUGAAUUCCCUGGCAAAAUGUCCUCCUUUUUAAUGUACUGUAUCACUGUCAAUGGUAUGUGCUGACUGACAAACUUCUUUCUCGUUACAAUCUUUGUGAUUUUUGAGUCACUGUUCCAAAACCUGCAAGACGGGCACAAGAUUGCAGUUGUAGCCUGUUAGGAUUUCUGUGGUUGUACACAGUGCAUCUGCAAAUAUACUUCACUGUAUGUCAGGGGGUUGAUGUGAAACAAGUUUGUGAGAAAGAAACUUGAAACGAACUUGUACUUGAUUUUUUUGAACAUUACUUAAGACAAGCCAGUGUUUACAGUUUCUAAAGAGUUCAGUUUUACCUUAUCUUUUCAGGUGUACAGUUACAAUGUUUCAUUAUGAUUUUAUUCUAAAAUAUUUUCAUUUGGAGAGGAAAUAAUUAUCCAUACCUUGCAGGUUAGGUUGAGAUGUUGAGAUGACGCUGUAAAAUAAUGAUCUGAAUUACAUGCUUUACAUUCUACAGAGAGCUUUUAACAAAUUUUAAAUGUGACACUCCUGAUAUUUGUGUUUAGUUAUUAAAAUAGAACAAUAUUCUGAAACAUUAGAAUUCCUGAAUAUUCUCCUAACAUCUUUAAACUUUGAAGAGUCAUAUAAUGUUGAUUGUUAAGACUCUACAAGUCGAUGUGCACCGAUGUCUUUGUUGAAGUGAUUUAUGUUUCUCUAAAGGAACAAAAUGCAUUUAUAUGAUGUGAAAACACAGUGUGGGAGCCAUUUUUGAAGAACAUAAAUUCAUACUGUUCACAAUUAAUAUUACUAUAUUGUUUUCCUGACAUUAUAUAGGCCCUAUAUACAUGUAUGAGGGGACCUAGGUAUUUAAAUCAGAGCCUAAGUGGUUGAUACCAAAUUGCAUUGUUUUUGUUACAUGUUUGGAUAAUGUUGGUUUAUUUACUAUAUUGUUUGCAUUGCACUUUUAUUUUGAAAAUAAGCAUACAUUUAAUUUAAUGUCAUCUCCACUUGCUCUGAAUAAGAAUCAUGCUUUGGGAAUUUAAAACCCCUUAUAGUUAUAAUGUUGUGAUAUUUGUUGUUUCAUAUGACCUCAUGCAUGCUAGUGCUCAAAAUGCUCUUUUUCUAUUGUAAAUAAUCAAAAUGUUUGAUGUUGUAAACCAACCUAAACAGUUUUUUUCUUUCGUGUGUAUCAUCUUAUCAUCAUUUGCAUUUUGUUAAUAUUGUUUUAAAAAAUUCUAAAGAAAUCCAAUCACUGGUGUGAUGCUUGAUUAAUCACAAGAUAGGCAGCCUGCCUAGUUUCAGAUAUUUAAAAUAUCAUUAUGCAAAGCUAAAAGAAAUGAAAUUGCCUGAAUAUGAAACCAAACUCUUAAACGUUGUUUAACCCCUGUUACACUAAUUGUUUUAUUUAAUUUUUUUUACUGUUUGAUUAUUAAAUAUAAUUAGUAAUUAAUCAAAAUGUAUUGCUUAUGUGUAUGAUGAUGUGGUUCUGGUUUUGCACUUUGUAUUUUUAAAAUUAAAGUAGUUUUUGCCACCAGGUGGUGGUGUUGCAAUGUUAAAAAAAUAAAAACACUGAUAUGAGAAGAUUUACAUCUAAUUUUCAGCCUUUACCACAAUUUGAUUUGGCCUCUGCACCAAAAUAUACACACAGCAGGUGAAAACUAUAAUAAAUGUCUCAAACAAACUCAAUGCAGAGGGGCUCAUCUGUUUCAAAAACUCUAAUAGAAAUUGCUCCUACAGCAGAGUUCUCAGGAGGGGUGUAGACAAACAGGGAAUAUGUCCUGAGCCCAAAAUAGCAAGAAACAUGUUUCUAUAGUCUAAACUAAGAAGCAAAGCAUUGUGGUUUGUAUUCACCUGAACAUAUCUGAAUCUAUCCAGCCAUCCAUCCGUCUGUCUAUCUAUCUAUCUAUCACUGGAAAGUGCAUCUGUUUCAGAACAGUAUCCGUAUAUUUAUCUAAUUAUUAACAUGUGAUAACAAAAUCAAGGAAAGUCUCAGUGUAUUUAAUUAUAAUACAGCUUUUCCCAGUCAAAUCAGCAAAGUUUGACGUUGGCAGUGGCAAAGAGGUACAAACAUUCACAACAUGAACAACAGCAAACAAGUGAAUUAACACUGUGAUCACAUUUUGUUUUGACGCCGGCAUACACUAAAUGCAUAGAAUUAUCUAGUGUCACAUUUCAAAUGCACAGAACAAACAAUUGUCCGGUUUCUGUCAUCUUAUUAUGGCUAAGAGUACGACAUAUGGAGGCAUCCUUUAAAUAUCUCACAGACUACUAAUAGAUUCGGAGAAAAGACACUCUGCUUAAAUGUUUCUUUUUUAAUUUCUUGACCUGGAUGGAAUAACACAUUGGAAGAAAUAAAUAAAAAUAAAAACUGCAAGAAAAAAAAAA